AUGACCAACGCCAACAUGAAACCCACGGCUCCUGCGCCUACUCCUCAGAAGAGAAAGAUUGUCAUCUUCUCCGAUUUCGAUGGCACCAUCUUCAUGGAAGACACUGGCCACAUCCUCGUCGGUGCCCACGGCUGUGGUGCGGAGGGUCUGGCCAAGUUGGAAGAACAGAUGAAGAACGGCGAGCGGACUUACCGUGAGAUCUCCGAGGACAUGUGGGGAUCCCUCAAUAUCCCCUUCGAGGACGGUUUCGUGGUUAUGCAAAAGUCUCUCUCGCUGGACCCUGGUUUCCAGGAGUUCCACCAGUACUGUCAAGACAACGGCUUCCCCUUCCACGUGAUCAGUGCCGGCCUGAAGCCCAUCCUCAAGCGAGCCCUGGAUGUAUUCCUGGGCGAGAAGGAGGCAUCCACCAUCAACAUUGUGGCAAACGACGCAACCAUCAGCGUAGAUGGCAGCGAAUGGAAACCCAUCUGGCGCCACGACACCGAUACCGGCCACGACAAGGCCCUCUCGGUCGACGAAGCCCGCGCCGCCGCCCAACUGGAAUGCGAACCCGACGAGAUGCCGCUCAUCGUCUUCAUCGGCGACGGCGUCUCGGACCUAGCAGCCGCUAGUCACGCCGACGUGCUCUUCGCUCGCCGCGGUCUCCGUCUCGAGGAGCACUGCAUCGAGCACAAGAUCCCCUUCACCCCCUACGAUACCUUUUCCGACAUCAAGCGGGAGAUCGAGAAAAUCUUGCGCGAGGACCAGCAGAAGACGGGUGGUGUGGGUAAGCCGGCGCGGUACAACCCACGGGCGAACCUCUGGAGACGGAUUUCGUCCAAGGAGGCGGUCCCUACGCUUAUGGCCGCGACGCCUUCCAAUGAGGAGAAGAUGUUCCUGUGGCCGGAGACGUUCUCGGACUAUAAGCCUAAGACUAUUGAAGAGGGUGAUGAGGCUGCUGCUACAGUUUAA